UUGAUGGAGGUUUUAAAACAGAAAGGGGGCGAAUAUUUGACUGAGUAUAUGGCUAAGACCACUGAAGAAGCAAAGCUGAUGUUCAGGCCGUUGAAUAAGCCACAUCGACCUAAGCCCGGGAAACAGCCACCCAAUUCUCCGCCAGGCCAGUUGACGCCCCCACCGCCGCGGACUGACCAUGGACCGUAUGCGCCAGGCAUAAAACCAGAGUCAAGUUAUUUAGCAUCAAACGACUUGAUAAAAAUCUUUCGACAAUUUGCAAAAAUCCAGAGAAAGUGCGGCAUGACGGUUGCCAAGGUCCCUGAAAAUAUAAUUUUGUCUGGUGAGACUUACGGUCGAAAGAAGCGUCAGAGCAAUUCUGGCAGUGUGACAACGAAUGGUUCAUGUGUGUACAGAGGCACCAGUGAUGACGGUUAUUUACAAAUGUGCACUACUUGCUCUACAACUACAACAUUGUCGGACUCCUACUUUCCACGAGUGCUCAACGAAGUUUCCUGUGGAGAUAGUUUGUCGUCUACCAGCUCUUCGGCUAACGAUAAUGGCUGCUUGUUCGUAUCUGGAACAGCAAAUGGCCAGUGUAGACAGCAGUACAUAUACGUGAACAUGUUGCGCAAGACGGGCAAGUGCAGCUUGGUCACCAACUCAGACGGCAAUGCAGUGGCUGUAGACGAGUGGGAGCUGUACACGCAGCCAAUUCACGUCUCCUGUGAAUGCAUGGUGGAUGAAAGAUCGUUCUUAUCUAACUUCGUUACCACAUAGUCAUAGAGUACAAACUUUAUUAACCCACUGAUUGCUGCGUUUCAGUGAAUUUGAGGUUAAUUUUCAUUAUAUUUUUCACUUUUGAAACUAGUUUUGUGCACUGUUUUGUCCAAAGCCUGUGUAAAAUACAAUUAUCGGAUUUCGAUUUAUAUGUGAACUAAGAUUUAUCUCCUAAUUCUUCUAUGAAGCACCCAAGUCUCAAAGUACCUGGUUUAAUAGGCAUAACUAAAUCGCUGAAAUUGCUUAAUACUGUGAUUCUGUCUCUAUAUUUUGCUCAAUUUACGAGUGCUUCUUGCAUGUGCUCUAAUUUCACAAGUUCUCAGUUGUUCAAACAAAUCUUCAAGAAUGUUAAAAUAAAAGUUGCCACCCUUUUUGAUCAAAUGUAUUUUGUAACUGCAAUAAUAUUAUAUGCAAUAAAAUGAUAAUAAUCUAUACUGAUAUUUAUGUUGAAAACUGAACUGUUUCCGCUCGAA